GCUCCGCCACGCCGGAAAGAGUGCGAGGUCAGGUCGGGUGUGGCUCCAGCCGGCUCAGCGACGCCCUUGAGCAAUCGCAAGUCCUGCUGCGGAAAACCUUCAUCAAGAGGCACGGCGGCGUCAGCCACGAGUUCGGCUAGUUGGGCCAGCAAUGCCGCGCUUGGAGCAUCCUGCGUCGCUAGUGCCACGGCGAUAGCGUGCAAGGGGCACGUGAGAAAGUCGCUCUUGUCGGGAAUUAAGGUAAGCCCUUGCUCUUCCGAAGUCUUGACGCGUAGCAGUCGAAGAUAG